UCUCUUUUGUCGCAUUAGGACCAAUAUAUCCUAAGACCAGAAAACAAGAAAAGGAAAUGAAUGUAGGCUGUAGUGGUAGCUGAGUUUCUUGAUUCAAUGACCACCAUGGCUUCUGCAAUCUCUGCUCCUACUGCUUCUUCUUCAUUCACUAGUAGUAGAAGACUCUCUUUAACUGCUUUCUCAACUUCUUCCAUUUCAGUUUCCAAGAAUCCCAAAGUUCACUUCUUGAAAUGCUUGGGUCUCACCCCUUUUUCUUGGAAUGGAUUGAAGCAGCUCAGCAUUUCCAAAUCUCAAUAUUCAGUACUAAUUGGAAGAAGUAGAAAACUCAAAGGGAAAGGUGUAUAUGCAUCACUAUUUGGAGUUGGUGCUCCUGAAGCACUAGUAAUUGGGGUUGUGGCUUUGCUAGUUUUUGGUCCAAAAGGUCUUGCUGAGGUUGCUCGUAACCUGGGAAAAACUUUGCGUGAAUUUCAACCUACUAUCAGAGAACUUCAGGAUGUUUCAAGGGAAUUCAAGAGCACACUUGAACGAGAGAUUGGCCUUGAUGACAUUAAAGGUUCAGUCCAAGACACAAAAAAAUCUAGCACAAUGAGCCCUUCAUCAGAUACCAGCUCUAAAGAUUCAACACAGGUGGCUGAUCCCAAUGGUUCUCCAUCACCAAGCGUAGCUUCAACGGCUGAAGACGACUUGGAAAGGCUGAUGAGAAUCGCUGAGGCUGAAAAACAAGCUGAGAAGGAUCUCGCAUCCUUACUUGAAAGUCAGUCUGAAUCCCAGACCGUAUCACAAGUGGCAGAUAAUUCUUCUUCUUCGGAUGGAGCAUACUCAACCGAAGAGUUGUUGAAGAUCACUGAGGAGCAGCUACAAGCAGCUGCUCAGCAGCAGAAUGAGACAUCUACUCCCGAGCAAAGCCAGUUCAACGCCCAAAGUCCGUCGCAAGAUAUUUCUUCUGCAGAGGGAGCAUACUCAACUGAAGAGCUUUCGAAUAAUACAGAGACGACUUCGCCUCAGCAAAGCCCAUCAAAUGUCCAAAGCCAGUCGCAAGAAACUCCCGAAGAAGCUGCCUCGAUGAUCCCUUCUUCCACGAAGCCCGAAAGUGAGACAUAGGGCAGCUAACGCGCGAUUGUCUACUGUAGGGCUUGUUCUUUUUUUUUUUUUUAAAUCAUUGAAUAUUGUAGUAUUAUUCUUAGAAAGCUUGAUGAACUUGGAAUCUUUUGCUGGGAGAUACAAUUUUGUACAUUAGAGCCAUUGGAAGAGUGUUGUAACAGAUUUCACUUAUUUAGUCAGUCUGAUGUAAUGUAUAAAUCAAGAUAAAAAUCACUUCCUUUCUA